AUGGAGGGUGCGCACACGGGCCCAUCCGGGCGCGACCCGAUGGGGGCACCGGACCCGGGCGAGUACGCGAGUGGGGCGGAGGUGGAAUACGACGACGACAUCGACCGCGACGACGUGGACGAGGCGGACUUCGACGACGAGUACGACGAGGUGGAGCCCGACGACGACAAAGUGGACGAGGACGGGGGCGGGGGCAGCGUGCUAGGGCUCCUGUCGUACCUCUGGAUGUUCAUCGCGCUCGCGCUCUUCGCCUACCUCAUCACGACGGUUCAAAAUCAGGCGGGCAUCAUCAAAGUGCUGAAGCGCAGGGUCGCUACGAUGGAGUCCCGGCUGGGGCUUCAGCCUCUGUCCAUGGACUUGUGA